UGAACUACGGAGCAGGGCGAGGCAUGUCAGCACGGAAUUUGCCAGAAAACCCCCACCCGACCGCGCCGCAUCUUUAUUAAAGUUGGACAAAUGGGUUCUUUUUCCUGUUAUAGCAGCAACAAUCCUUCUGCUCCUAGUUCUGUAAGCCUCGGGCGAGGCGAUAAAGCGAAAUUUUCAGAGAGAAACUGAUGAGGGAAAAACUAUAUAACUUGCCAGUGCAACUCUGUUCUAAGGUAUGUCCUGACCGCGAGUCCUAUAUCUACGCUCUUUCACACAGGACAGUCGAUUGCUGUCCGGCUUAUGAGCGCAUUUUUAUCGAUUCUCCUCGUUGUAAAUUGGUUAAGUCUGGCAUUGGCAACAUGCGGAUAUCUUCCCUUGGAUAUAUACUUGCAUGUGUCAGCCUCGGCGCUGGCAUUGCUCACUCUAGCGCUAUACCGAAUGAAGUGAAAGACGAAGUCCCAACCUACUCAAUUCGCUCAGUUGACUCAGUCGACUCAACCGACUCAACCGAUGCAGCACUGAGGAGGAUCGACUUCAAAAUAACCAGAGGAGGCCUUGAAGCGGCUCGGGAUGUGAUUCUAGUAGCAUCAGGCGCAACCUCGGCUAUUGCGGCCGUGGUGGGUUGGGUCCAGAGGGAUAGUUCUGCGAACUCUUGUGCUCCUAUUGGAGGAAGUGGGCAAUCGGAUAAGGGCGAGCAGAAGUAUCACUUCAAGUACUGGGUGACCACGACUGGAAAGAACUGUGACACAACCGCUCAGACCAAAACUGUGGCUGCAGCGCUCGAUGAUGCUUGGGAUCAGGUGCAUAAAUACAAGUACAACUGGGCGUGCAUCGAUCUCAGUCACGGAGGCACUUGGCAUGGGCAUCUUGCAGUUGCUACAGUUGGCUCAGGCAAAAAUGUUGACACGAUGUGUAACUAAAGAGGCGAGUGGUUCUGGUAGUAUAUCAGUCAGACGCUAUUUAUGUCGGAUCCUGCUUCAUAUGCGACCUGGGCUAUUGCUGCUUUAGUUAACCACGCGCAUACUU